UCGAGGGGACUUUUGUUGUAUCUUAUUCCCGUUAUGGCGGAGCACACAGAGGCAGAAGGCAUUGGCCUGGCCGCUAACAGCAUGGCUCAGCAGCCAGCCCUCCGUUUUCCUGCCGCUGCCCCUCCACCCGCCAACCCCUCCACCCGCAGGCAGCCUUUACUGAGCACCCCCGUGCCUCCCUUUCCUAUGAUGAGGGGACCUCCACCUCCUGCCCGGCCGCCCUUCGGACGCAUUCCCUUUGACCCCAGUGUGCCCCCUCCCAUGGGUGCCCCACCUUUACAGAGACCCCCGUUUAUGCCUCCUCCCGGAGGAUCCAUGCCGCCUCCACCUGGCAUGAUUUUCCCUCCAGGAAUACCACCUACAGCCUCCCCUUCACCAGCCCCCCCUCCUCCUUCCCUGCCCUCUGCAGAAGAGAUCUGGGUGGAGAACAAGAGUCCUGAGGGAAAGGUGUAUUAUUACAACGCACGUACAAGGGAGUCAUCCUGGACGAAGCCUGAAGGAGUGAAGGUGAUCCAGCAGGCUGAUCUGGGUCCAAUGAUGCUGAGCCAGGCGGUGGCAGCGGUCAGCGGUCCUGGUCCUGGUCCAUCUGUCAGCAUCCCAGCUGCGGUCAACAGCACUACAACCACACACACCUCCCAGAGCCCCUCCACGGGCAUGAGCUCCACAUCUUCUCCCAGCAUCACCGCAGCCUCACCUCUCCUCCCAACACCUGUGUCAGCCCAUGAUGUCGUGGAGAUGCCAUCAGUUGUAACCACAUCCCCAACCCCCAGUGCAAUGGCAACCCCAAUAGCAGCUGUCAAUCCUCCAACGGUUACAGUGGCCAUGACUACAGGACCGCCACCUCUCUCGGUGGCAUUGCCCCAUACUGUGCCACAGCCCGCUGCUCCAAUGCCAGGCUUCCCUCCUGUUAUGGUGCCACCCUUCAGAGUGCCCCUGCCUGGCAUGCCCAUUCCACUGCCCGGUGUAGCAAUGAUGCAGAUAGUCAGCUGUCCCUAUGUAAAGACUAUCUCUCCUACCAAAAACGGUAUGCUCCCUGGCAUGGCACCACCUUUGGUACCCAUGAUGCCUCCUCAAAUGGCAAUGGCUGGGCCCUCAGGACUUCCUGGAGCUAUGGGUACAUCUGAAUGGACUGAGUUUAAAACCCCAGAAGGAAAGUCCUACUACUACAAUAAACACACACAGGAGACCACUUGGGACAAACCAGAAGAACUCAAAGAGACAGAAAAAGAGAGCGAGAGGAUCAAGGAUGCAGCCCUUGACAUGAUUGAUGCUGAAAUCAUGGACAUGGAAGAUGGAAGCCCAAAAAUUGAUCCACCAAAAGAGAAGAGAGAGGAGCUAAAGGAGGAAGAGAUGACCGAGGAGCAGAAGGCAGCGAAAAAGGCAAAGCCGGUUGCAACCACACCUAUCCCUGGCACACCAUGGUGUGUGGUGUGGACUGGUGAUGAGCGAGUGUUCUUUUAUAACCCAACCACUCGCCUGUCCAUGUGGGAGCGGCCGGAGGAGCUGGUGGGACGGGUUGAUGUUGAUAAAGCCAUUCAGGAACCUCCCCACAAAAGAGGCCAUGACAACAGCAACAAAUUGGUGCUAGCUAAAGAGGAGCAGGAGUUUGCUGUAGCAGAAGACACACCUGAUGAUGAACCCAGCAAGGCAAAGAGACGAAAGAUAGAGGAGAAGAAGGAGGCCGAUACAGAAAAGGAGGCAGCUAUGGAGGCAGAGCUGAAGGCAGCACGCGAGAGAGCCGUGGUACCUCAGGAAGCUCGGAUGAGUCAGUUUAAAGACAUGCUGCUUGAGCGAGGGGUUUCUGCAUUCUCUACAUGGGAGAAGGAGCUUCAUAAGAUUGUAUUUGAUCCACGUUAUCUGCUGCUUAAUCCCAAAGAGAGAAAACAGGUGUUUGAUCAGUAUGUGAAGACACGUGCUGAGGAGGAGAGGAAAGAGAAGAAGAAUAAAAUCAUGCAGGUCAAAGAUGACUUCAGGAAAAUGAUGGAGGAAGCUAAACUGGGUGUCAGAACAACAUUCAGUGAGUUUGCUGCCAAACACGCCAAGGAUUCACGCUUUAAGGCUGUUGAAAAGAUGAAAGACAGAGAAGCCAUUUUUAAUGAAUACAUGACAGCCUUCAGAAAGAAGGAGAAAGAGAACUCAAAGAAUCGCGGAGAAAAGGUCAAACAAGACUUUUUUGAGCUCCUGUCAGAUUAUCAUGUUGAUGGUCAGCAGCGAUGGAGCAAAGUGAAGGAAAAGAUGGAGACUGACCCUCGCUACAAGGCUGUGGAAACCUCUGCAGCUCGUGAAGAACUGUUUAAGAACUAUGUGGAGCGUCUUGCCAAGAAUCCAAAUUCUGAGAAGGAGAAGGAGCUAGAGAAACAGGCCCGCAUAGAGGCCAGUCUAAGGGAAAGAGAGCGCAUGGUGCAGAGAUUCCGUUCAGAGCAGACCAAAGAAAUUGACCGUGAGAGAGAACAGCACAAGAGGGAGGAAGCCGUCCAGAACUUUAAAGCGCUCAUGUCUGAUAUGGUAAAGUCAUCUGAUGCCAACUGGUCAGAAACACGUCGGACCCUGAGGAAGGAUCACCGCUGGGAGUCAUCCUCACUGCUGGAGAGGGAUGAGAAAGAGAGGCUCUUUAAUGAGCACAUUGAGGCUCUCGCAAAGAAGAAAAAGGAACAGUUUCGCCAACUUCUGGACGAGACAACUUCUGUGCGUAGGGCCCUGACACCAUUACUAGGGUCAUAUGUGUUACUCUGUUGGUUGUCAAUUAAUCUCAAAUUCCUUCCUCUCCAUCAGAUCAAUUUGAUGACAUCUUGGAAGGAAGUGAAGAAACUUAUUAAAGAAGAUCCAAGAUGCAUCAAGUUUUCCAGCAGUGACAGAAAAAGGCAGAGGGAGUUUGGGGAUUACAUCAAAGACAAGUACAUCACAGCCAAAGCAGAUUUCCGAACUCUACUGAAAGAGACCAAGUUUAUCACCUACAAAUCACGCAAGUUGAUGCAGGAGUCAGAACAGCACUUGUCGGACAUAGAGAAGAUCUUGCAAAAGGAUAAAAGGUACCUGGUUCUGGACUGUAUGUCAGAAGAGAGACACAAACUCCUCAUGGCAUAUGUGGAGGAGCUGGACCGCAGAGGACCACCUCCGCCUCCCACUGCCUUUGAACCUGCUCGACGCUCCACUAAAUGAUAACCCACACCUCCAAGAUAUUUUUUCCACUCCUUGAGCCUACACUACCACCUUUCACAUAAUAGACUCGCAGAAAUUGUAAAUCACUCCAGCUCAAAGGUUUUUUGACAAACCUUUCAAAGACAAUGGUACAUACCCACUUGCCCACCACGCUCAUGUGACUGAGAACAUCAUGGGUUAAUGACCAAUCAGUUUAGCUGAGCAUAAGACACGGAAUAAGUAUUUGGACCAACUGGAAGGUUUUUGUUUUUUUUGAUACGUUUUUAGGUCAUCUCUGUAAGGAGCCAGGUUUUUCAUGUUCUUGCACAAACUCUUUAUCCGUCCAUUCAAGGGUUAAAGCCACAUUAGAUGCUCAUUGGUGAUUGUAGAGAGUCUGUCAUGUGUUUGGGUAAUUGUCCUGAACAUCAUCUGGAGGUAUGACCACCUGGUGCCUGCCGUCCUUUUUUUCCGCUCUAGCCUCUGCAAUCUCAAAUUGCGAACAUAAAUUCCGUUUCAUGUAUCCCAUCUUUUUCUCCAAACUGUGAUUUUGCUGAAAUUGGGAGAACCUCCCAGUUUUGUGAACAUUUUUGGUGACUUUCGUCACCCACAGGGAUAUUCAAGAAAGCCUCUCUGUGUAUAUGUACUUUUAACCGACUGUUGGGUUAACAUGUAAGAUGUUUCUAGAUGAUGAAUAUAUAUAUGGAUAAUAUGUAUUCAUUAGUUUGUUUACAAUGUGUUAAGACUGACCGUAUGAACACUGGCAGUUGGCCAUGUCAACUGGUCUUACGGUUUAAUUUAAUUGUCCAGAUGUUUCUUAAAAAAAAGAUCUUGUUUCUUGCUUUAUGUACAGUUGAAGUUGAAUAAAAACAACUUUUUUUUUUUUA